AUGAGUAGCGGUACCUAUGGUUCGGAUGAAGUUGGUGCAUUAGUGAUCGAUAUUGGAUCACAUACGUUUCGUGCUGGUUAUGCUGGUGAAGAAACACCAAAAUUUGAUUUUCCCAGUUAUAUUGGCGUAAUUGAUGAGCAGCAACAAUCACCAGCCUCUUCAUCUACUGUUCAAGAUGGUUCAGGUGAUACUUCCCAGCAGCCACCACCACCACCACCACCGUCACAACCUCAAAAACGUUAUAUAUUUGAUAUGAAUAAAAUUCGUGUGCCACAGAACGGUUUAUACAUGCAAACAUUUUUAAAAGAACAAAUGAUUGAUGACUGGGACUUAUUUGAACAAGCAAUGACAAAUGCAUUUGACUGUUUAUGUGAGAAAGAUCAUGGAAGUUCAUAUCAUCCAAUAGUUAUGUCUGAGCCACCGAUCAACCAACGUGCAAAACGUGAAAAAUUAUGCGAAAUUAUGUUUGAAAAAUUUCAAAUACCAGCAUUUUAUUUAGCUAAAAAUGCUGUUUUAUCAUCGUUUGCUCAAGCUAAAGCCACUGCACUCAUAUUAGAUUGCGGUGCAACACAUACCACUGCCGUUCCUGUUCAUGAGGGUAUGGUAUUUCAAAAGGCCAUUGUUCAAUCACCAUUAGGCGGUGAUUUUAUUUUGAACCAAUGUAAACAAUUAUUAGAUGGCCUUAACUAUGAAAUUGUUCCACAUUAUUUAAUUAAAUCAAAAGAAGUUGUAAGGCAGUAUGAACAACCAAAAUGGACAAAACGCACAAAUUUACCGGAAAACAUUACAGAUUCCUAUAAAAAGUUUAUGACAAAAGAAAUUUUACAAGAUUUUGCUCAAACCGUUUUACAAAUAUCGGAUACACCUUAUAAUGAAAGUGAAAUUAGUCAAUUACCACGUGUUAACUAUGAAUUUCCAAAUGGUCUCAGUUUAGAUUUUGGAGAAGAACGAUAUCGGAUACCAGAAGGCUUAUUUAAUCCGUCGAUCGUGAAAGGUCAAUUCUCAUCAAUUUUGGAUUUAGUUCAUUUAAUAACAAAUUCGGUGAAUAUGUGUGAUCCCGAUAUACGAUCCGCACUCUAUGGAAGUAUCACAAUUGUGGGUGGUAAUUCAUAUUUUCUGGGAUUUACUGAACGUUUACAUCGUGAAUUAUCACAUAUUUUACCACAAACAAUGAGAAUGAAAGUACAAAUACCACCGUCAUUAAGCGAAAGACGUUUUAGUUCAUGGAUAGGCGGUUCUAUUCUAGCAUCAUUGGGCUCAUUUCAUCAAAUGUGGAUUAGUAAGCAAGAAUAUGAUGAAAGUGGAAAAUUCAUUGUCGAUAGAAAAUGUCCUUAG